UUAAUCCUGGCGCGUAAUUCAACUCUUUGGCUGCAUAUUGCACCAUCAAAUAACCGGAUUGACGCUAGUGAUACACCAUGGGGUUUACCAAAAUAUGGUUCUGCCUCCUCACGUUUUUCGUGCUCGGAAAAGUGAUAUCCGAAACAUCUCCGUUCAGCCAAGAUCUCCCGCCAAGUUUGACACUAGACACUUUCGGCGCCACCAUAGCGGAGGGUCUCACGUUUGUGGAGUUUUACUCGCCAAAAUGUGCUGGUUGCAGGAAAAUCGCGCCAAUAUGGGAAGCCACGUACAAAGCGCUCCAGUCUGACGGUAAAGCUUACGGCGUGAGUAUGAGACAGGUGAAUUGCGAUGAAAAUGGCGACUUGUGCAGCCGUGAGAAUGUCCCUCUGUAUCCCCUGUUUAUGCUUUACGGCCCCAAGGGUAAUGCCAAUGGCUUUGUUGAAAUCUAUCCCGCUGACAUGGCUCGUGAAACCGAGCUGUUUCUUGCGUACUUUUUGAGUCACAGUCUGGGCAAAACACCCGGAACUGAGUCUAAGGUUGAGCCUAAAGUUGAGCCUAGAGAUGAGCCAAAGGUUGAGCCAAAGGUUGGGUCUGAGGUCAAGCCAAAGGAUUCGCUCGAGGGCUUGCCUGAUAUUCUCACUAAAACAACCUUUGAUGCCAUCACCGAGAAAGGUCUUGUAUUUGUCGAGUUCUUCUCGCCCCUGUGUGGCCACUGUGUUCAUUUUGCGCCCCAGUGGAAAGCCAUGUUCGACCGGUUUGACCUAGUGGCCAUAGACUACGGAAUCGUGUUGAGACAAGUUAACUGCUUGGAGCUGGGCGACUUGUGCGAAAGAGAAGGUGUCAAACACUUUCCGCAGUUCAGAUUAUAUGGCCCAGACGCCAACGGAAAGAGCAAGAUGGUAGACCAGUUUCCAUUGGGGAGCAAGCGAAGGGAAGAAGACUUUUGGCCGUACUUAUUGGAGCACAGUCCAAAUAAGGAGGCAGUGGUUAAGGCUGGUAAGGUUAUUUCUGUAGAGCUGAAAGAUAAGGAAUCUAAGGAUGCCAAGAACGACAAGGAUGUUGCAAAGGAGCCCCCAAAGGUGGAUGCAAAGGGUGCUGCCAAGGACUCGACUAACCCCCAGCUUGUGAAAGAUUCCUUGGAUGCAAAGACCAAGCAAGAACCUGCGAAGGAAAAUGCCGAGGACACUAAGAAGACUCAGCCAAGCACUAAUCAGCCAGCGCCUGGCUUGCCUGCUCUUCUCACUCUCGACACCUUCGACUCCGUCACCGCCAAGGGUCUUGUGUUUGUGGAGUUCCUCUCUCCCUUCUCCUCCCCCAGCAGAGACUUUGCUCCGACCUGGAAGACCAUCUUUGACCGCUUCCAGCCUUCCAGUGAGGCGUACGGAAUCACCAUGAGACAGGUCAACUGUAUCGACAGUGCAGCCUUGUGUGAGAGAGAAGGAGUGACGCAGUUCCCUCAGCUCAGCUUCUACGGCCCCGACACCGCUCAUCCAGAAAAGGGCAAGUUGGUGGAUAAGCUCCCGGUCGAGCCUAACAGAAAGGAGGAUGACUACUGGCAGUCUUUGUUCAAUCACAGUCCAAACAAGGAUGCCGUUAUUAGUUCCGGUAAGGCGUUAAUGCUGGCUCCGCCUAAGGAAGCUCCAAAAGCGGCGCCAAAGGAUCUCGGGUUUGACAUGACAGGCAUGCCAGACUAUCUCAAUGAAAAAACGUUUGACGAAACCACGGCCCAGGGUUUGGUAUUGAUUGAGUUCUUCUCUCCGUAUUGCUCUCAUUGCAAGGACCUUUUUCCCACCUACAAGAAGAUUUUCCAGAAAUUUGAACCCCAAAGCAAGGCAUACGGGAUCCAGAUGCGACAGGUGAACUGUGUCGAGAGCGCUGACUUGUGCAGUAGAGAGAAAAUUACUGGUUAUCCGCAUUUCAGGUUGUACGGCCCGGACUCAGACACCAAGAAAGGGAAGUUUAUCGAAAAAUACGUGGGUGGUCACACGGAGAAGGACUUCUUCGACUACUUGCUAAAGGUGAGUCCUAACAAGGCGGCAAUAGAGGCUGAGAACGCGGUGUUGCUGGUCAAAGUUCCGGCGCUACUCACUGUUUCCACUUUCUACGACACCAUUUCCAAAGGUCCUGUGUUUGUGGAGUUCUACUCUCUGUACUGCGCACGGUGCAAGGUUUUGGCUCCAUUCUGGGAGAAAGCCUACCAGCAAACUGUGGGCGAAACCCUCCAACUGGGCGUUCAGAUGAGACAGGUGAACUGUGUGGAGAGCGGUGACUUGUGCUCGCGUGAGCAGGUCUUGGGUUUCCCUGUGUUCAGAUUAUACGGACCACUGGAAGAUGGCACAGGUGCGGUGAUUGAGACAUAUCUGGGAGAGCAUACAGAGGCUGGGUUUGUUAAGUAUGUAAGGGAAUUGUCAAAAGAUCCUAAGGCUGCCGAUCCUGCUAAGAAAGAGGUUAAGAAGGAUUUGGCGGAAGCUGAGGUGGUUCCGGAAGUGAAGAAAGAGCCUGCUAAACCUGCCGAAAUACCUGCAAAGCCUGCUGAGAUACCUGAUGAAAAAUCUAAGCCUGCUGAUACACCUGAUAAAAAACCUUCUGUUGAAACUUACAACGACAAGAAAGCUAUAACUGAUGCCGUUAGGCCUUCAGAUAUGGAUUCCGAGGAAACAGGCUUGGAAAACGUUGGGAUGCCCACCAUGCUCACUCUCAAAACCUUUGGCAAAGAGCUCAGUGAAGGGUUGACUUUAGUCGAGUUCUUCUCUCCAUACUGCCACCAUUGCAAUGCCUUGGCGCCAAUCUGGGAAGCCACCCACAAGAAGUUUCUUACCCAGGGCAGGGAGUUGGGCAUCAAAAUGAGACAAGUCAACUGCGUGGAAGAAGCCGAUUUGUGUGGUCCAAAGCACUUGGACAUCCGCGCAUACCCUAACAUCCAGUUGUAUGGUCCCAGCAAGGAUAAGCGGUCCGGUGUGAAGAUUGAGACCUACCCAAGGGGAUUAAAGCGGACAGCUGCGCACUUGAUUAAAUAUAUGAGGGAGGCCGCGGCUGAGUUCAACGCUGAUCACUUUAACCUUCCAGGCAAGUCUACACUCAUGACCGACCUGGACAUGUUGAACGCCAUUGCCGGCAACAUUGAAAAGCCCAUUUUUGUAUCGUUCUGGCCAUCCACCGAUGUCCAGUUCAAAAAGUCGGUUACUAAGCACUCAGACAAUUUCAUCAGAUGUCGAGACUGCUACGAAACGAGACGGAAGUGGGACCGUUUAUCAAACGCCCAGGAGAGCGUGCCGUUGUACCACUUCAACUGUGUCUCCCACCCCAAGAUCUGCAGCGCGUUAGGAUUUGGCGCCUUGAAAAGCGACCACGGGAUGGGUCAUAACCGAGAGGCGAAGAUGGUGGCCUUCUUGCCAAAGAAGGUAUCGGGGCUCAGCAAGAUUGCGUAUGAGUACUACCCGACGGUGCGCGAUAUGUUGCAGUUCACUGGGAAGCUUAUGGUGAACUACCAAUACCAGGAAACCACGGCCGCAAAGCUUGAAGAGUUGAAUAUCAAGAGCAACAUUUUGCCGGCCAAAGUGAAGUUUCCGAUCGGCACUUCCAACUCACGCGUGGCUUUUGUCUACCACUACGAUAAAAACACGGUGGUGGACGAGGACUUCCAAAUCAUGGGCCACAUGUUAGAGAAGGUGAUGGAACUCCCGUUCGAGAUCGGCUUGUACAAGUCCUCGGAUCCGGGAAUUCCCGCGUUGGCAAGACUGCAGCACGAGAACAUGGUCGAGCUCCUUAACUACAACUUAACCUCGGCUCCAUAUGUGUUUGACAAGAACAUGCACACGAGUUUGACUCUCACCUCAUUGCCCACGUUGUACUGUUUCAAGGAAAAUACGUUGGCAAGCUUUACCUUCCAGAACUUUGACCCGCGCGAAAUACGAGAUGUCGACCGGUUGAAGGGAUGGAUGGAGACGAAUGGGUUCCCUGCCAUCCACAGCUUAAAGCCGGUGAACUACCACUACUACUUCAACGACGAGUUGGCGCAAACCAACGAUAAAGUGCUUGUAACGCUUGUCAACUCUGAGACCCAGACCCCGGAUGAUCUCAAUGCCAUCAUCCGCACAUUAUCGGUGGCCCAGCACGAAUACAGCUACAUGAAAGCCAAGUACUUGUACGACGAUAUAGUGAACCAACGGCUGAUCAAGGACAAAGAAGUGGCUGCGUUGAAGGGCGAUGCCGCUUCGAAGCGGAUGAAGCAAGAAAUCAGCCACGCGUUAUUUGAGGACUACAAUUUGUACUUCACCUAUUUGGAUAUGGCCCAGGACGGAUACUUGGUGGAGGAAAAGGGCUGGGAUGUGUUUGGCUCGCGCUUCGAAAAGGCAAAGUACGAGUACAACAUGGGAGACGUGUUUAUCGUGGAUAAGAACAACAAGCGGUACAUCGACUCGGCUGUUACCGGUGACUACCUCACUGCCAACUCGUACCAGCUCAGACAAGUCUUCCAGUACUUACUCUCAGGUAUCAAGACCAGCAUCGAGUAUCCUACUGACUUUGCCAAGAGCGCCUGGGUGCCGAUCAAGUUGACCCACAGUCCGUACAGCGACAGGCUCAGGUUCAUGGACAAGGUGCAUCAGCAAGGAUUCUUCGGGUACUUUGUCUUGUGUCUUGGGGUUUUGGUGGCUGCCUUCCUUGGCAGACGCAAUCUCAACGCAGUCUACCACCUUUACAAGCGCUCUGCUAGCCGUGACCGCCACUACGGGAUUUUGGGCAAGCCAGCCUCGAACAAGCGCGACUAGGCGUGUAUGUAGAUGACUGUUCGGUCGAUAGCUUACGAAAAGAUGUUUGAUUUUGGACGGGGUCUGUAAUUGUGUUUGGGUUCCAACCCCCAUGGGAUGAAUUGGUCACUGGGUAAAAGUAGUUUGCAAAGGCAUGGAUAGAAUAGUGGAAUAAUCUUUCAACCUCUCCUUUGAAAUACUAAACUUUAGAAUAUAUAUAUAUAUGUAUAUAUUUUU